AUGCAAGAACCACAGCAAGAAGUGGUUGGAACGUGUGAAGGUGUUCUGGCGAGAGUUCCUCCUGCGGUGGCGGGAGGGGAGUACACCAGCGUGACUGUCAGCGAAAGUGAUGGUGCUGGCGUUACGCUAGCACCUUCAUCAGGGGACCGCGUUUGCAGCUGCACUGCUGACCACAGUGAAUUCGCGUAUUUUCUUUGCAUAUGCGAGGCUCAACAGCCAGCUGGUAGGCUCCCCAUCAGCAGGGACGGCUGUGCGCCUGACCCUCGCUGCGCCAGUCGACUCAGUCAUGGGUGCAUUUGCACCGAAUGCAGUUGCGCCUGUGCUUGUAGAGGGGCAAAUGGUGCAAAUGCCGAGGUGAAUAUAAGUGGCACACCUCUUCUAUCUCCUCUGAGCGGAUCUCCAGAGCGUAGGCUCCAAAGUAAGGACCCAACGUUAGUCCAAGAUGGGCAAACAGGUCUUCCGAUCCCUGCUGACAAGCCAAGACUAGGCGGCCGCUCAAGGGAACGCGAGUGUCUGCCGGAAUUUCAGUCUAACUCCUGUGGCUUCAGCGUACCGCAGGAUCGCCAAAUGGCACCAUCGCAGAACAGCGAUUCCCAGUCUCAAGCACAUUGGUUGACGCUGCCACCGUCUCUUCCUGUGGAGGAGGGGUCAAUAGUGUCGAACAGCAGUGACUCCGGACACCCGGAGGGAUGGGAACAUGUACGCUGCGACGAUACAGACGCAACGCAUAAGCAGAGUGAUGACACUAUGCAAACAGAAGGGGAAUUUGAGAGUAAGCCACUGCGUGGAAACGCUACACCGGGGCAUCAGGAGGCGGGAACUGACACAUUAUCCGGAUGGAGUUCACCUUCCGCCGAAUUUGAGCUUAUCGCUGACGCUCCUUGGUGCGACGUGCGGCAACUGCUUAGAGUUUCCAGUGGACAGAAUGCAGUAGGAAUGGAUCUUGCAUGUUCGGGUCUCACGUCUGCCUUAAUGGGGGAAAAAAGCAACAGUAGCAACGCUGCUGAAGCGCUCGCCACAAUGGGUGAUGAGGCAGAAGAGGGGGAGGGCGCUACAGUUGCUGCAGAUAGUGGCAGGACAGACCGUCAGGGCUGUCCUGUGGUAAAGCUUCUCCGUUCUGCUGUCUACUCAAGCAUCCUAUCCGGGUCAGAUUUCAUCCGGCGUCAGGGCACUGUCGGUAAGGCCCCCUUGGGGACGAGAGCAACGCCUGCUCCUGACUCAUCAUCAGCAAUCCUCAGUGGAUGGGGCGGGAGGUGGCAGCUUACUCCAGUUGAUCCACCUCUAGACAACUUCUCCAGCAGCGAUAGGAGAAGCGGCAGCGACCAGUUGCAUCCUGCGUUUUCAUAUACGGAUGAAGAAGUUCCAAGGGGGCUGCAGGGAGAUCAUCGUCAGUUACAGGCUCAGGUGCAGAAUGUGAUCUCCAGUGAUUCUGAUACUGUGAGGCCUCGCUCCCCUAUGGGCAGCCGUUCACUUGCAGCCAAUAGCGGUAUGCAGCAGAGAACAGUACCUACUGACGAGGCAAAUGCAGCGAUCUAUUUCGAUUCUUCAAGUGUUGCAUCUAAGGUGGAAGCUGCACCGUCUUCCGCUAAGGAUUCAUAUACUGGUGGCAUUGGACGCCGUCGAGCUUCGGCCACCGGCCUUCACGACCUCAACGUGCACCGUGUCAGCCUCGCGCAGCAGCACUUGGAGGGUCAGUCUAGGAGAGUGACGAAAAGGGGCUUGCGGUUGAAUAUUCUGAUUACAUCCUUGCCUGGGGUGGAUACUGGCUUGUUCUGCAGGCAUAUGUUCGCUGAGUGGCAGGAAGUUAGUCGUCAGCGCGUCUCAUGUGGGGAGGAGUUUGUUUUCCGCUCUCCCUGUCUCGUUCCUACAGUCGAGGUCCCGGUGAUUGCGACUACAAGUUUUGCUUCUGCCCUUCCGUAUUGUGAGCUUCGCCUGCUGGAGGAAUGGGGACAAGACAUGGUUCUGCAGCAAGAGGUGGCAGAGCGAAGGGUUCACGUUUGCCUUUUUCUCAUCCCACACUCCGCCCUACCGUUAUCCACCGGAGUUCUGGCUUUGCUGAGGCGCCUCCGUGCCGUGGCCUGCAUGCUCCCCGUUUUGAUUGUGCAGCAGAGUGCAUCAUCAGAACAAAUAUUACGCGAUAGAGGGAAACUUAGGCUGCAACUUGCGGCUUCUGAUUUGGCGACUCUGGAGGAGAUGCUGCUUCCCUUGCACCCAAAGCCAUGGGGGCCCGAGGCUUGUGCACACUGCCAGAAAAGAAUGCAUGAAAAAGACCAACUUUCCCAAGUGCAUUCUGAACCGUGGUCAUUCCUGCUCACCAGAGGGCUUUUUAAUGGUGACACAGUCAACUCCGAAAACCCUUCUGACGCCACGAACCAAGACACUCCAGAAGCACAGAGACCCAGAGACGAUAAUGAAGAGGGCAUCAAUAACAGCGUCAGUGGCUGUAUCAGGAAGGCCUGUAGUCAACGGCAGCCCACUGAAGGUGAAGGCGAAGGAGGGCUGCGGCCUGACACAUUGGAAGAGGCGUCAGCACCAGCAAACGGACUCCGGUGCAAGAUGCAGGGAUCUAGUGGUAUCCCUCGGGGUCUCAACGCUGUUCACCUUCCACUUGUCCUUCAGCUGCCGCUGAGUGAUACAAGUGGUGGUAAGGACUCGCGAUGCGCAUGCACAGAGAGGACCAGCGGCUCCAGCGAGGAAGUCACCACCCCGUUAUCACUGCGCGGCAUGCUGGUGGAAGCAUCUGCGGGACUGCUGCAUCGGCGAGCUGAGUAUGGAUGUUUCUUGCCAUUUCUUUUCCAGCAACAGAUGCAGCCUAACCGAACACAGAAGCUGCGUGGUUUGCAACAGUGGGAACAUCAGGAAAAACAGCAGAGAGAACAGCAGGAGCACGUCGAAGCUCUUGUAGACCUUCGUCAAUGGCAGAUCGACAGGCAUCCAAAUAUAGACACAGCAAUGCAAAUGCAGAGACAGCUUGAUGGGCAACGGGAGCAGCUGCGCAAAAUGCAGCAGCAGCUCCUGCAUCUCCAGGAGAAAAGAUUUUUACAGGAGCUACUGACCGAAGAGGCAGAGUUGGUGCCGCCCCACCCUAGCCCCCAAAGAAGUGUGUUUCUGCGGAAUAGUGGCACAGACAGCGGCGAAAGAGAGGAGCUGCUUUCUCAAUUGGCUCAGACUGGCGUUGUCUUAGCUCUUAUGCUAGGCGUUGGUACCAUUUUGUUCAGUAGCAUGAAACGCGGCAACUUCUGA